AACUGUUAUCGCGCGGGAUGCCGGCAUCGGGGGCCUACAAUAAUAAACAGAAGACGGUAGUUCAGUGUUUCCUCAAAUAGUUCAGUGCAUAUCUCAGUGAAAAAUGUUGAAUUACAUGUGAAAAACUUUGAUACAUCAAUCAACGGUCGUUGACAAUGAUAUUCAGUGGCUGGAAAACAUCGGCCACCACGAUUCGAUGAUGGACGCCGAGACGCUGGGGUUAAACACGAUAAAAAAGAAGGAAACUGGCGGCGGCUGAUGGGAUAGCUUAGGGAGAACAGAUGAUAGAGGGAACGAAAUAGACCGAGAAGAGAACAAACCGAAACCACGAGUGAAAAUUGAAAAUUGCAGUGGAGCCUUAGGUGUCCUUGGGUGCAUGUGGUAGGCAUGACGGAUGGAGUGUACAGUACUUCUCAGGCUCAAACGAUUCAUCUUUCAGUGCCAAAUUCUCUUCAUGCCCGAUGAACUUCUUCGUCUAGUGGUAUAAAAUAACUCCGAGGAUCUCAAGAAGUUGAAAAUCCAAUUCCAGUGCAGAAAAAAAAAAGAGUAAAAAAGAUAAGAGAGGAGAACUAAAAACAGUUUUUAAAAGCAAAAAAAGCAAUAAAAAGUGAGAUUAAAGUUCAAGUGAAGGUGCCAUUGUGGGCACAAUAGCACCACUGGUGCCCUCGGCUGUGGGUCCCGAGGGGGUGGACGCCAUGGCGGCCUCGUCGUCCUCGUCGACUAGCGAACAGCAGUACUCACUAAGAUGGAACGAUUUUCAUUCGAGUAUACUGAAUUCAUUUCGUCAUUUAAGGGACGAGGAGGAUUUUGUGGAUGUUACACUGGCAUGUGACAGCAGUAGUUUCACCGCUCACAAAGUCGUACUCUCUGCCUGCAGUCCGUAUUUCCGGAGAUUACUCAAGGCCAAUCCAUGUCAGCAUCCAAUCGUCAUUCUGAGAGAUGUUGCGUCCGCGGAUAUGGAAUCUCUAUUGAGGUUCAUGUAUCACGGUGAAGUGCAUGUUGGCCAAGAGCAGCUUGCGGCAUUUCUCAAAACAGCCCAGAUGCUUCAAGUCCGGGGUCUUGCUGAUGUCAACAGCAGUACAGCGGGGACUAAAGUAUCACCUCCUGCUGGAUCAGAAGGCCAGGAUAAUGGUUCACCGGGGACGUCAAGGAAUCCAUGGCACGACAGUACCAGAGAUCCAACUGACAGUGGUCUCAGUCCUCCACCCGAGAAAAGAUCAAGGAGUUACUCACCCCCAGUUGGUAAUCACCACGAGCCCAAAACCGAUCUUCAAGAGUCACUACUCGGCCAGGCACUUGAGGGCGGGCCCACGAUACAUACUCCAGCAAAUAAUAUUCAGGCACAAUCAACCGGCGAAGACUCAAAUUCCAUGUCCGACAACGACGAGGAGAUGUCAAACAACGAUAGUAUUUUAAAUUCAGUGAAGACCGAGCCAAAUGACAUACUCAAUGACUCAAUGGAACACCAUCGUAACUCCUUCCCAGCAGCACUCCUAGGUCUUCAGGGAUUGAUGCCAGGCCCCUCUGGAAUUCACGCAGCGAAUCAGGAUCCAAAUUACGUCGCAAGACGAGGCAUUGACAUGAUGCGAGUACGAGCGACGGACCCUCGACCUUGUCCAAAAUGCGGCAAGAUAUACCGUUCAGCUCACACACUUCGUACACACUUGGAGGACAAACACACAAUCUGCCCUGGCUACAGAUGUGUACUGUGUGGUACAGUAGCAAAAUCUAGGAAUUCCCUUCACUCGCACAUGUCUCGUCAGCACCGUGGUAUAAGCACAAAGGAUUUGCCAGUGUUACCAAUGCCAAGUCCCUUUGAUCCCAAUUUAGCGUCCAGAUUGCUGGCAAAAGCAGGUGUCAAAGUAAGUCCAGCUGAGUUGAAAGCAAGAGCAAGUCCCACGGGUCCCAGGAGAAAUGACAUGAGAUUAGAAAUGCCAAGAGGCGCACCAUCAGAAGCCGGCAGCUCUGUCUGCGGUGGAGAUGAUCCUGAGGAUCUAACUUUACCCCUCAGCCUGAGGUAUGGCUCACCAACGCCCAAUAAUAACACGGUUAUCACAAAAAUCUCCCACAAUAAGGCUGUUGCCGCGAAAUCACUUGAAUCAAUGAUGCAUGGACACAGUCGUGAGCCCAAUACAGCGCCGAUGCACGCCAGUGGUCAUUUACCGAUGCAUCAUGGCCAUCAUAACAGUGCACUUGGUUCAUCAGCCCUUCUGGAUACCUAUUUACAACUGAUUGCUGAGAGCUCUCCGUUGGCUGCACUCGGUCUGAGUCCUGAGCAGGCAGCUGCUGCUGCUGUUCAGGCUGCCAAAAUGGCACAGAUGAAUGCUCAUGAAAAAUUUGGAGGGAGGGGAAUGGAGGAUUAUCCCAUGAUUGGGCGGGAUGAGGGGCGGAGUAUUGGACUUGUACAUGAAGAUCGAACUGAGCACCAUGAUAGAAGCAUUGGCAACAAUGAUAAGCAUGAGGAGGAGGCAGAAUCGUCCAACGGCGAAGAGGAUGACUUCAGUGAGAAUGAAGAGCCUGAAGCUGUACCGGCUGAGUAAAUUUUAAGUUUUGCCUUUUUAACGGUGAUUUUACAUUUUUCAUUUGCGGUCUAAUUUUCAAUUUGUUAAUGCGAAAGAUGCCUCAAAUCAUUAUUUGCGUUAUAACAUGGAACGUUGACAGAAUCCAUCCACUACCUCAUAUAUAGUCUAUAUUUUCACAAUUUAACGAUGAACAAUUGAGUUUUGAUGCGAAAUUAAUGGAAGUAAGAUCUCCAAAUUUGUAAAGUACUUGUUUAAUUUUUUUCGACAAAUUGAUACCGUCUCGAUAUGAGACGGUAGAGUUAUCACAAUAGUUAAAGAUGUCCCUGAAAACUAUUCCAUCCGACUACCUCAGUGCACAUAAUAGAGCCAUAGGAACUACAUAUAGAUAAUAGAAGCGUUUUUUUUUGUUUAUGAUGAUGAUUGUGAGGAUGCAAUGUUGAUUAGAGAGAGAAAGAGAGCGAGAGAAAGGAGUUUUUACGUUUAUUGAGUGGCGAUAGAUAAACGGGUUUGGGACCGUCCUUUUUGGAAGCCUCGUGACUUAAAUUUUUUUUUGACAGAAUACACAACGGGGUCUCAGGGUGAGAGAUGAGGGCUGAUUUUGUUGAGGAAAGUUACUCGUAGGAUUUAUUUUUGAUCAUUUUUUUUCUUUCAUUUUCAUGAUUUUCGCCUUUCAAACCACUGUGUUAAGAAAUACAUUUAUUAGACAUGAAUGGUGAAACGAUAAAUAGUAAGAGGAAAGGGAAUAGGAGAAAGAAAAACUAGAUUUGUUGGAAUUUUGAUGUAGCACAGCACACGCGUAUUUGGGACGUGUAUUUUCUUCAUAAAUUCAUUGUUUAUACCAGUGAGGUUUAUUCUAUUCAAUACGUGAAGCCGAUUAGGGUUUUCCCCAGAAUUUUGUUAGGUGUAAGGAAGGCGUGAACUGUACUGAAAAAUCAUAGAAUUGAUUAUUACGUGUCACUACUUCACAGCCUGUUAAUCAGAUGCAUUAUUCAUGAUUUUAAUUUUAACAGCCCGUUCGGCUUUUACGUGGCUCAAAUAUUUUUAGUUAACUCAUUUUUUAUUAAUCAUUUUAAUAAAAACAAAUUUUUUUUAUCGAAACAAAAUGUCCAUCGGGAGGAUCAGGCGAACACGUGAAUACUCUUGCCAUAAACCAUUAUUUUCGCGCUCACCGUCGAGUUUAGGAAGAGAAUAACAACAUGUUAACUGGCAAAAUAGAAUGGACGAUUAAAUUCAAUGGCAAUACACGCGAAAUGUGUCUGUGUUGCGUGACUGGGAGAAAACAUCAGGAGGAUGUUAAACAAGAGAAUAAUAAAGAGAAAAAAAACAGGUGGGAUAAACAUAGUCUAAAGGUAGACAUAAGUUGUAUACAAUACUCCAAGUAUACUAAUGGUAGAUUUUAAGAGCAUAGUAUCAAUAACGAACAGGGAAUGACGCGUAGAGAUGUGUUUUUUUUUUCGUGUUAAAAAACAAGUUGAACGAGUGAAUUUCAUUAUUGAAAAUUAUAAUUAGCCCAGGCUGUGGACUAAAUUGUUUUCUAUUAUUUAAAAUUCAUUUCGGUUCGAUGAAUCAUCAUGCUAAGUAUACGAAUGAUAAAUAAAUUUGGUGUUGAUCCGUAUACGAUUUGUGGUAACAUCGAAAUACGAUUAGUGACUAGAAUGAAAUUAUAAAGAAAUUUGAUGAAAAAAAAUUGAAUAUUAGUACAAAGAAAUUUUCAAUGCUAGUGGUUUUUCCUUUUCGAUUGAGAGGCUACUCUUAUUCCACAGCGGGCUAGGGUACUUAUUUAAGAACGAAAUGAAUGAAACAUACUUCAUUAUCGAAAGAUCCAGGUCUAAUCGGUACAAAGAUACCAAUUCUUGCCUUGAAGCUCUCUAUUAUCUAUUUUAUAUGUGAAUGAAAUGAUGAAAUUAACGGAAGUUUUACAAGUGACGAAAUAAAAUUUCCAAAGUACAAAUUUUCAUGCAACUAAUCGAGGAUGUAGCGAUUAUCAGCAAUAGAAUUUUACAUCCGAACAUACACGACUAACAAUAUAACUGAAUGAAUAUCUAGAAGAAUUAUCGUUCUGUGCCAUAGUAACUUUCAAAGCAGAAGGAAGUAAUCAAUCGCCGUAAAAUAAAAAUUUUAGGCUGAGUCAGAGACAAAGCAGAAAAUAUCAAAUUUCAAACGAGUUAUGGACAACACAUCAGUGAAGAUAGAUUAAACAAAUGCCCAGUAAAAGAAUGCGAGAAGAGACUUGGUGAUAUUUUGAAUGAUUUUCUCAAUAAUGAUGAAUGUUUUUAUUUAAUAAUUAAUAGCCAUAACGAAGCGACAUGUAAUAGAUCAAAGAAAUAAGAUAAUUUCUUUGAUUGCUUCUGAAAAGUGACAAAGAUUCGAGUCAAGUCCCCAUUUUUAUUCUCCAACAAUGAAUAGAUUUUAUUUCACUCAUUUUUAAACAGAUAGACGAAGGAAAAUAAAUGAACAGAUAUAUAUGUAUAGGUAUAUAUAUACACAGAUUUUUACAGACAAUGGAUGAAAAACUAGAUUCAUAUUUUCUACUGAAGUGGCAAAUAAUUGUAAUAGUUAUUAAUUCGCAAUGGACUUUGUCACUAGAAUCGUUAAUAGAUAAAAUGAUGAAUAUGAAGAAAAAUUAUUGAACAAUCAAUCUCAUCUUAUCAAUCCGUUAUAGUCCGCAAUAGUCAUUUUGUUUUGCAAUUAAAAAUAGUGAACAGACAACCAAUUACAGUAUUGCAAUAGUUUAAAUAUAUUAUUGUACGUUCAGUUGUUAAUAUUACGUUUUAUCAAUCGAUGUGGAGGGAAUUCUGCUCAUUAUGCAAUAGAUUCCUUAGAGUCAUCCAGUGAAUUAGACUUUGACAAUAAAUAAAACGUUGAUUUCGAUGAGUUUUGAAGAUUCUCCAUAUUGUUGUUGAUAACGUUAAUGUUUCAACCGUCGUCUCAGGUACUUAUCAGAAUCAUUUAUGAUGAAGAAUGCAUUGAUCAUAAAUGUUAAAAAUGGACGAACAAACUCAGGUAAACUCAAGCAGACAGGCCGUGAUAUAUUAUAAAUACUGAUAGAUUUUUUUUUCAUUAUGUCUCAAUUUGAUUGUUCCCAUUAAUUUAUAAUGAAGUUUUGCAUACCUACCAAUGAAGUAAAAGAAAUAGGUUGAUGGAAGUUAAUGAAAGAGAAAGAGAAAAAUAUGAAUAUAUUAUAUAUUGCCAUAGCUACCUCCGUAAUGAUAAAUAAUCAUCAGUCUUUUUGCGUAUCCAAAUUACUGUAAAAUAAACCACUGAACGAAUGCCCUAACAUAGGAUAUAUAAAAAACAUUAAAUAUCAGAUGUCUAUGCAUUUUUUGUUCUUGUUUAUUUUUUUUUUACUUAUUAAUACUUACAGAAAAAUAUUGCAAGAUUCUACCUACUUCCACUGCAUAGAUUUUAAGAAGUGUACUAUUGCGAAACGAUCGAGUGAUGCAAUUUUUCAAAUCCCCGAUACCUCGUGAAUUUAAUGUCAAUAUGGACUAAUAAUGCCGCUCAUUUAUUAUUAUUUAAGCAACAAUAAGACUCCAAUAAAUACAAGAUUGUAAUUCCUUCACUGCCAAUUGUCACUCGUUCGUUUCGUGAUCAGAGUGCUGAUUAUUCCAAAUCGACAAUGCAAUACAAUGUACUUACAGUCACAUGAACAAUUUUUUUUAUGAACCGAGUGCGACAGAACUGUUUGAAUGACUGGAGAAAAGUAAUAUGUGAAAAAUUUAAUUGUAAUGUUGAGGGGUAAAUUUGCAGGUGCGAGACAGCACUGAAAAAAAAAUAUAAAUAAGCUCCAAUGUCUCAUUUGAGUGGGGAUAAUUGUUCGCAUAAUACGUGUAUGUACAUAAAUUAUAGUAAUAUCUGCGGAUAAACUUACAUGAUUUCGUGAUAUUUACACAGAAAAAAAAGAAACAUAAUCAGGGACGCGUAAGGAGGUUUUGUUUUUCGAAAGGAAUAGAGUGCUUGGGAAAUUAAUUUUUCUCUGGGAAAGAAGAGUUAAGCAAACAUUUUUUUUCUCAUUAGAAAUAUGGAAUGUGCAAUGAUACUGGAGAGAAGAAUUUAGAUAUGAACAAAAAGAAAAAAUUAGUGAUUGUGAAGUGGCGAUCAUUGAACGUGUCCUAAGCGAUUAAAAUAGCCAACAAUUUUGAAAAACAUUGUAAAAAAUACGUUGGAUUGUACGCAAAUUUAAGAACUACUUUAAUAUCUAAGGUGCUUCAUUAUUAAGUAUUUGUUACGUUGCGUCUAAUUUUUUUUUCUUUGCCAUUUUUUUUAAUUAUAUAAUUUUUUUUCCAAUAAGUAUGAAAAUAAUUUGUUUUAUUCAUUUCUUUAUUAACCAAUCAGUCAUACUAUAAUAGAGUUAUUUAAGGUCAAUCAUUAUUUGUUUUUAUUUGAUAUCCUGGGGCGUUUACGUGUUACUUUUGUUGGGCUCGUAAUUUUAUUUCAUGAUCACGAACGAUCAGUGAACGAGAAAGAACUGAAAUCAUUAUUUCUUUCACUGCUGAAUUAGCACGACUAUUACUUUGAUUUUUGUCCGUUCUCAUUUGCGCUAGCAGCCUACUUGUACAUAAUUUCACACUUUGUUCUAUUUAUCUAUGCGCAAACACAUACGCUUCUCAUCUCCAACUAUUUUCAUUUCAGUUUCAAUGUUUUUUACGUGUCUUCCUCGAAGUACUAAAUUGCUACCAGUUAUUUUUUGCCACUUUCUUAAUGUGUAAGCCAUUCAACUUGCCAAUAUUAUAUCAAAUAAACGCGUUGGAAAAUUAUUUUUCUAUUUAGUUGAUUUUUUUUCUUUUAUUUCAGGAUGUAUUAAUUUAUUCUUUUCAGUUGUAUAUUACUGUUGAAUUGAAACACGUGAUUUUGAGAGAAAAUUUACAGAGAACAGAUCCGUAGCUGAAGAAA